AUGGAUGAGAAAAAAGUUAAAAGAUCUGGCCGCCAACCACCAUCAUCGUACCCUACAAUCUAUAGAACACCGCGAUCUCGUUCGCUAAGUAGUGAAAAAGAACAAGGACCCGCCUUACAGACUGUACUUAUAAAAGAACCGAAAUUAUCCGCAGCAAACAAGAUCGAACUUACGCCGAGACUGGAGCGAAGAUUAAAGGUUGGUGAACUAAUAGAACGUUUUGAAAAUGUUGAAUCAGUAGACAAUAUUCAAAUAAACAAAUGUUCAUUAUCAUUACUUACCCGUUAUACAAAUGGGCGCCUAUCGGCACGCGACAUUCGGUCAUCCUCGUCGUCAACUGGACAAAAGAAAAUCACUCGUACACAAUUUGCUUCACCCAUUCGAUCUUUAGCGUUGAUUGAAGAGAGACUUCCAAGUAAUAUGAAAAAUAUUCCGGAUUCAAUUUCACACUAUAGAAAUUUCAAUAACUUGACGACAUCUAGUGAAACUCAAUCACGACAUACGAGUAAGUCUAAUGUAACGUCCGAAACAAAGCUUCCGAAACCCAUGAUACAAACAAAGCAAAAUUCGCUGCAGCUUCCAGAGCAAUAUAUUAAAUCUCAACAAACGGAAAUUGAAAAUGCUGUCGUUAGUCGGUCAGCACUAGAAAGUUCUUCAAAACACGAUGAACAACUCGAGCCAUCUCCUAGUGUUGAAUUCAAAGAGCACGAUGCAAAAAAAACCAUAGGUUUCAAUAAACGUUUGGAAGAAAUACACAAGACUGAAAAUAAUUAUAUCGCCAAACUUCAUGUACUUACAUUUAAAAUGCCGAAAAUAGUCAAACAAAUAUGUCAGACAGAUGAAAAUACUCUCAAAUCAUUUUAUGACAUCUUUCAACCGUUACUUGCUACACUAAAACAAUUAUAUGUAUUUCAUUAUGAAAAUAUUUUACCAAAUAUGGAACAAUUUAUAACAGGUCAUCGAACUGAUUUAAUAUGGUCGAUAUUUGAAGAACAUUUUCAAACGAUUGAAAAUUUGUAUAAAGAAUAUUAUACUGUUUAUGAUGAAAAUCAACAGAAGUUCGAACGUUUAUGUGCGACAAAUGCAUUACUUCAUACGGCAAUGCUUGAUUGUCAAGGCCUUAUGGGAAAUUUAUAUCCUAUUAAUGAACUUAAUUGCGCUAAUCAACAUUUACUUCGUUACAUUCUUCUCAUGAAAAGUUACAUGAAACAUCUCGAUAAAGAUUCUUCUGAAUAUGAACGUACAUGCUUUGUACAUGACGAACUUACUUCUAUAGCUGAACGAUGUGAAGAACACUUAGCAAUAUCUUCAACCCAAUUAAAUAAAUUAAAACAACGAGUCGAUGGUAAAUUAGACUGCUUUGAAAAACAACAACUCAUUUGGCAUGGUUCAUUGAAGAAGCAAUCGCCACGUAAACAUACCGACAUUAGUCCAGCAUACAUUAUUUUAUUUUCUGAAUGUAUACUUGUUUGUGGAGAAUCAGGCAAUAAACUUGAAGUCAAACGCCAAUUAUCAAUAGGAAAAGUAAAUGUUGAAAUUAUCGAACGUGAACGAAUGGCAUCAACAGCACCAAAUGUAACCAACGUACAACAAUCCAUUUCUACUACUUAUUAUCCAUUUCGUGUCAGCGCGACUGAAAAAGUAUACGAAUUCAUCGCUGAAAAAGAAUCGGAUAGAGAAAAAUGGGCCAAUAAGAUUCGACAAGCAAGUGAAGAAUUCAAAAGACGAAAUUCAACUAUAGCAAUUCGUCAAUCGCAUCAUCGUUUCGAUGAACCACAACUAGGUGCUCGUGCCCCCGUAUGGGUCAAUGAUAUCGACGUAACACGCUGUCAACUUUGUCAUCAUCUUUUCUCAUCGAAACUAAUUUCAAGACAACAUCAUUGUCGAUCGUGCGGUCGUUGUAUAUGUAAUUCGUGUUCUACAAAAAAGCUGCUUCUUAAAUAUUGCAGUAAACAAGGUGAAAAACGUAUUUGUGAUCUAUGUUAUGAUAAUUUUACUGGCAUAAAGAAACAUCCAAAAAUAUGUUUAAAAAUAACGCGUGAUCCAAAUAAAAUGAUUUUAUUCGGUGAUUUUCGAUAUUUUCAGUCGAAAUCAAUUAUUUGGAUUGAACUACAAGAAGAUUUUCAAUUGCAUGCAUUCGGCGCUAAAUUGGAUCAAGUUGAAGAUUUUUCUAUUAAUCUUCUUGAACUAAAUGAAAUCUUAUUUAUUAAAGAAACACAAACAUUUAUAUUAGAUGGUAAAGAUAAAACCUAUAGACUAUCUUUAGAAAUCAAUCAUCAAAUCGCGUAUCCAAAAAAUGAUUAUAUCGAUAAAAAUCUUCAAAAUACAAAUAAUAAAUUAUUUUUCUUUGCUAAUCUAUGGUACGAUACGAUGCAAUCAGCACGUUUAAGAACAACACCACUAUGGUACAUAAGAAAACGUGAUUCAGCUGAUAGUGGAAUCAGUAAUAAUUAA